AAACAAAACCGACAAAUUAUGUAUUUUUUUCUCUCCUGAUUUCGUAAAAUUGAGGGGAACCAUGUUUGACAAGUCAGCAUCUUCACACAGAGCAAAAGACAAAAUCUCCCCGGCAUCUAAGCACCAAAGAUUCGGGUGGGCUAAAAAGUGGCGCAAAUUCAAAGCGUGCUUCUCGUGUCCCUCCUCUCCAUACCGGACACUUCGGCUCCGAGCUGAGCCAGAAGCAGCGCGACCAAACUCCACGCCCAAACACCACAGACAACCGCAAUUGCUUCUUCUUCUUCGUUACCUUCCAUGGCCACCCACCUCCACCUCCACGCCUCUUCGCUUCCCACCGGAAUCGUCACCCGCAACAGGAAGCCGCUCUCUCUUACCUUCAUUUCUGAUAAGAACCCGAGUUUCUCGGCACGACCCGCUUCGGCUCCGACCCUCAAAGCGGCGGUCUUGCCGUCGGUGGUUGCGGCGGUGAGCACGGCCGUGGAUGGAGCCCCGCCGGUCUCCGCCUCGCCUCCCAAGACGUUGCCUUUCAGGGUGGGCCACGGCUUCGAUCUCCACAGGCUAGAGCCUGGGUACCCUUUGAUUAUUGGUGGCAUCAAUAUUCCUCACGACAGAGGCUGUGAGGCUCACUCUGAUGGGGAUGUGUUGCUUCAUUGUGUGGUGGAUGCGAUUUUGGGUGCUCUGGGGCUUCCAGAUAUAGGGCAGAUAUUCCCUGAUAAUGAUCCCAAGUGGAAGGGUGCACCUUCAUCUGUGUUCAUCAAGGAAGCUGUCCGGCUCAUGCAUGAGGCAGGUUAUGAGAUUGGAAACCUGGAUGCUACCUUGAUUCUCCAGAGACCAAAAGUCAGCCCACACAAGGAAGCUAUCAGGGAAAACCUAUGCAAGUUGCUCGGAGCAGAUCCGACCGUUGUUAACCUUAAAGCAAAAACUCACGAGAAGGUCGAUAGCCUCGGAGAAAACCGGAGUAUUGCAGCUCAUACUGUGGUUCUCCUUAUGCGGAAGUGAAGGUUACGCAGAUGUCUUGCGAAAUUAAACAUCUGCAGCUCUUCAUUUCUGUAGCAUCAAAUGUUAAGUUUGAGUCCAAGACAACAGAAUGUUAAUUACACUUCCUCUAAGUGAGCAAUAAAGUCUGACCUUUCCUGUACAUGUGCGGUUCA